AUGGCUACACAGGUGUUGAUUGCCCAUACGGGCCAGCGGCUGGAGGUCGAUACCGCGCAGUUCUCCAGUCUUGACGAUUUGAGGUCGUGGGUAGCUCGGAAUAGCGCCGUCUCGUUACAGCAUAUCGUUGCCUUGACACCCCAGGGCCGCAGCGUUAAGUUGGCAAAUCUUCACACCGAGUCUCCCAAGAAGGAGAUAUACAUCUACGAUAUCCGUGUUACGCAGCCGUCUGCCGGCAGUGCGUCAUCGCUCAUCUCCGCAGCCUCGGUGCCGCGGCGCCAGUCUAUCCCAAACGCCCCGAAUUCGAUCGACGAUAUCCAAGCAAUCACAUCAUGGCAGGAAUUAUGCAAGGAGCGUCGCAAUUGGGCGACGCGCAUCAUGGAGGAUUGUGGUCAAUUGAACGAAGCUGCGCAGGCCCGAUAUGACGAGAUAGACGUCAUGAUCAGAUGCCUAGAUGCCGCCGUCACCAAUGUCGAGAUAAGCGUCAAGCAGAUCGAACCAAAGUACAACGAGCUGAAAAAAUGGGUUACGCCGGCCCUGUCGGAGCACGACCAGCUAGUUUCAUCCUGGGAUCGGUAUCUAGACCUAGCCAGGAGCAUACCGAUAUCCUCAGGCCUGGUCAAGUUCAUGACGCGUGGCGAAGUGAGCAAGGCCGAUCCUACAUUGGAGGAUCUAAUUGAGUUGGAAACGGCCAACAAAGCUGGCAAGCUGGCCCCCACAGCGCAUCGAAGGUUCAGCCAAAAGGCCAGCGAACUAGAUGGAGCGGCAACCCAAAUGUACCAAGCGCUGGAAACUCUCAUUGGCGAUUUUAAUUCGUUGAUGAAUCGGUCGCUCUUGGGCCACAGCACCGAUUCUUCGCAGCUCAUGGAGGAUAUUGAGGCGGUGGCCAAACAGAUCGACUCAGAUUACCGUACAGCCCUUAACUAUGGCAAUUCACAGCGGGAUCUGGCCCAGGCUUCGAAAACGGCCUCGAUUCACACCGAAAGAUUAGUCCCAACCCUCCGAAAACGAGCAAAGGAGAUGGAUGAAAUGGCUCAGUAUGCAACUCAAUCGCGAAAUAUCAUUGCGGCGGAUUCUGUAAGCUUUAUGCGGAACAUCACAGAAAUUACCUCCCUACACAGCAGUGUCAGAAACCAAAUCAACGUCUUGAAUCAAUCCGAAGACGACAUGACAACUUUCGACUACCUGCGACUCAUCCAGCAACUGCCAUACAUGUAUGCCUCUUUCAUGGUCGAGGCCAUCCGACGGCGAGAGUGGAUCGACAAAGUCAAGGCUGACUCUUCGACUCUUGCUAACGAGAUGGCUUUGUUCCAGGAUGAGGAAUCGAAGCGCCGCAAGAAGUGGCAAAAAAUGGUUGGCAGCAUGUAUGGACCUGGACUCGAUACCAACGUUAUGGGGCUUGAAGUCAACCUGCGAGGAGAAGAUAUCCCCUGGCCCGCCAUUGGGAAGUCCGAGCUGGAAGAGUUUCUCCAGCUGCUGCAGGAGCGAAAUACAGACCAAGAGAUUGUGGAUGAUGUCGCAAAGCUCCUCCAAGAACUCGCCGCCCCCACCAAGCAGCAAGCCAAGAGGCUCAAGGCAUUUAAGAACGGCAGCGUGCAUGAGGCGGUACUGGGGAGGAGCGGGCUCUUGAUCCGCGGCGACGAUGACCUCAUUGGCUCUCUACAAGACGAAAAGCUCAGGCUGGAAAAUAAGCUGAAGACAGCUGACAGCAGAGUGCGCCGCCUUGAGGAUCUUCUGCACCGGCAGAGCCAAGCCUCACGCCCUGGCAACCUGUUUCCGUUGCAGGGGCAAAACGGGCAUUCGAGACAUAACUCUAUCUCAUCAAUCAAAUCAGCCCGUGUUGAAGAACGACAGCCAUUGCCAGACGGGACGGAACAGCUGUCGCAGCGGAUAGCGCAGUUGGAAAACGAGCUUCGCGAAGAAAAGAAGCGUUCGGCGGACUUCCAGAAAGACCUCGACAAUCGCGUCAAUGAGCGAGAUGACAUGAGAGAUAGGAUCGAAGAAGUCAACUCCACAAAGAAGGAUCUCCUCGAGAACAUGGAGGCUCUGAAGCGGGAAUUCCUGGACGAGAGAAUCUCCUUGGAGAACGAGAUCAAGGCACUCAAGGCCCGGCUGGAGGAUACGGAGGAAGAGAUGGAUCAUUUUGGGGAAUCUAGGGAGAAUGAAAAGGCCAACCUCGACGAGAAAAUCCAAACCCUCGAGACGGAGAUUGAACGAGUUAACAAGGAGCGCAAGGAUGAUAUGCUGAAAUCCCAGGGCCAGGUUGAAUUCCUACGCAAAGAGACACAGAUGCAAAGGGAUCAGCUCGAUGCUUCCGAGCGAAGACUGCGUACUGUACGCGAAGAGGCCCGAGUUACAUCCAAGAAGCUUGAAUCAGUCGAGGAGAGUGCAGAGGCUCGGCUCGAGUGGCUAAAGAAGCUGUAUGCUGAGUUGUCGCCAGACACCGCCAUGCCAGCCGAUGAGGCUGACUUGGCCGAGGCCCUAUUCUCUAAUGCCGCUGAUAUUGUUGAGAAGCUGCGAAACUCUGGGAGCACCGCCUCACUUUUAAGAUCUGAGCUCGACAAGGCCUCCAACUCAGCCAAAGAGCUUCGAGCCGAACUGACGCAGAUGAAAGAGAAUCUCUCGUCACAGGAGAUGUCCACGAUGCAUACUCGUGAGAAUCUUGCUGAGGAGAAGGCCAAGGUAACCGCCUUAGAGCGUGAAGUGACAGAGAGCAGGGAGGAGUUGAACCAGCUCCGAAGCCAGCUAUCCGAUGGCGAGACCGGAUCCGAGAUGCUCCGCAAGAAACUUGAGAGAGAGGAAAAGAAGGUGACGGAGCUCUCAGAAGAGGUUGCCUGGAGACAAUCCCAAGUUGGCAGCCUUGAAGAAGAGUCCCGGCUCUUUAAGCAGAGAUUUGAAGACGUCCAGUCGAAGCUAUCUGCGCUUAGCGCACAAUACGAAGCUCGCGAUGGACGAACCAAGGACCUAACACAGAGGCUCUACUCUCAGAAUGACCGUCUAACUAGACUCCUCGAGCGUGUAGGCUACUCCAUCAGUCGGGAUGCGGGCCAGAUGGUAAUCACGAGGGUAUCUCGAUCUGACAAGCUUGCUGCAAACCCUAACGACUCUUCGGAUCCCGGAUCUUCCAUUCGCCGGUCACUUAGCCUGGGUGGUCGUGCCAUGACUGAUAGUUCCGAUUUAGAGCUUCUCUACUGGGUUAGCAACACGGACCCCUCAGUCGAGGACGAGAAGUACCAGGCCUUCAUGGAGAAACUAGGCACGUUUGAUACCGACCUGUUUUCCGACACGAUAUAUCACAGAGUCAAGGAGGCGGAGCACAAGGCGCGAAAAUGGCAACGUGAAGCUAGAUCAUACAGAGACCGGGCACACAGCUUACAAAAGGACUCUCAUAACAAGAUUGCGUUUAGGAACUUCAAGGAAGGCGACCUGGCGCUUUUCCUCCCCACACGAAACCAACAAGCAGGAGCCUGGGCUGCCUUCAACGUGGGAUUCCCGCACUAUUUCCUCCGCGAGCAAGACGCUCAUCGACUUCGUCAUCGAGAGUGGCUUGUUGCCCGAAUCUCCAAAAUCCAGGAGCGUGUCGUGGAUCUUUCCAAGAGCUUACAGCCAAGCAAUGAGACCGACUCGAAUGAUGAGGAGAACGACAACCCCUUCCAGCUGUCGGAUGGCUUGCGAUGGUAUCUCAUAGAUGCCCAAGAGGACAAGAUAGGGGCGCCCACAACACCUGGGAUGGGUAAAUCAACCGUCGCCGCCAAUAAUGUCGAGGCCACGGCUAAUAUUCAAUCCCACGCAGCCAAGGGGAAAGGGAGGAGUCGGGAUAGCAUAGCCAGCAUCGAGGGUAUUAACAAGACUCUUUCCAAGAGCCUGGAGAGCCGUCGAAGCAGCUCGGGGUCUAAGAAAGCCCUGCCAUUCCAUAUCAGUGGUGGUACGGCCCUGUUAAAGAACAGCGCGCUGGCGAGCGAGACCAACUCCCUUCGUGCCGCUCCUCCCGACACUCCGACAGCCACAAGCCCGGUGCAGGGCAGCGUCCUCAGUGCUGCCAAUACCGACGGUGGGCAGCGAGGCGGCGAGUUGUCUACACAGGACAAAUCGGGAAAGGCCCCCGAGGUCACUGAUCGGUUCGUGACAGCCACAGCCACAGCCUCACAGGAGCAAUCGGCUUCAUUGAUGGGAUUUAUCCUUUGCAUGGUCGAGGCGUAG